GAUUCCUGAUCCUCGUAACUUUCUCUAUGUGUUUACACCUAAAAAUCAGAUCUGUUUGGAGUCUGCGUCUUGAGGAUCAGCAAUCACUACUGCUCAAAUUGAAACAAACUCUCAUUUUCAACCCUGCUAGUUCAUCCAAGCUUGUUUGGUGGAAUUCAUCAACAAAUUGUUGUUCUUGGGCCGGCGUCACAUGCGGCAGUAGUGGUCAGGUUAUUGGUCUUGACCUCAGCCAUGAGUCAAUUUCCGGUGGGAUUGACACGUCAAGCAGUCUCUUCGAUCUUCAUCAUCUCCAAAGCCUUAAUUUGGCUUGGAACAAGUUCAAUGGUAGUCGGAUUCCAUCUGGGUUGGAUAAACUUGCUAAUUUGCGACACCUCAACCUCUCUAAUUCUGAAUUCGCAGGCCAAAUUCCAGCUGAGAUUUCCAGCUUAACGAGGUUAGUCUCUCUUGAUAUUUCUAUAUCGUGGGAACUAUAUUUUAUCUAUGCGUAUCCUAUAUUGAAACUGGAGAAUCCAAAUUUGUCAAUGCUUGUUCGGAAUUUAACGAGGCUUACCGAACUACAUCUCGAAGGAACCAAUGCAUCGGCGCAAGGACAUGACUGGUGUCGCGUCUUGUCUUUGCUACCUAGGCUAAGGGUAUUGAACUUGGCCAACUGCCUUCUAACCGGGCCUAUUGAUUCUUCUCUAGCUAAGUCGACGUUUCUCUCUGUUUUCCAUUUGAAUGGCAACAAUCUCUCUGCUCCAGUUCCAGAAUUUUUUGGUAAUUUCUCAAAUCUGACUUCAUUGGAUCUCAUGGAUUGUGGUCUAUAUGGAAAUUUUCCAGCAAAAGUUUUUCAGCUGCCAACUUUACAGAGUCUUGACAUAUCAUCGAAUCCAUUGCUUCGAGGGACUCUCCCAGAAUUUCCUGAAAAUGGGUCUCUACAAACCCUGGUGCUGUCUUCAACAAACUUUUCCGGGACGAUACCAGACUCCAUUGGGAACCUUAAGGUGUUGUCACGAAUAGACCUUUCCUUCUGCAAAUUCAGAGGAUCAAUUCCAGAUACUACUGCAAAACUGUUGCAGCUUGUCUCUCUAGAUUUUUCAUACAACGGUUUUUCUGGUCCAAUCCCAUCGUUUUCGUUAGCAAAAAAUAUAUCGGAAUUAAACCUUGCUAACAACCAGUUAACUGGUUCGAUUCUCUCCACUGAUUGGUCGGCCCUUUCAAAGCUCGUUAGCAUUGAUUUGCACAACAACUCACUCAAUGGAACUCUCCCCACGUCUUUGUUCGGGAUGCCAUCUUUGCAGAGAAUAAAACUCAAUCAAAAUCAGUUCUCUGGAGGAUUGAAUGUACCCUCAGAAUUAGCUUCUGUAUUGCGUACCCUUGAUUUGGAGGGCAAUAAGUUGGUUGGACCCUUCCCGGAGAUCGUAUUUCAACUCCAAAGUCUCAAGAUCCUUGUGCUGUCUUACAACAAUUUCAGUGGUCCAGUAAAGUUAAGUUCAUUCCAGCCGCUGAGAAAUCUUUCUACACUUGAUCUAUCAUACAACAGCUUGUUAGUGAAUGCAACUGGUAUAGAUCCUGCUUUGUUUCCCCAGAUUAGCGCAUUAAACUUGGCCUCUUGCAAGCUAACAGGAUUCCCAGAUUUCUUGAAGAAACAAUCCCAGCUAUGCAACCUAGAUCUUUCAGCCAACCAAAUUGAUGGGGAAAUACCCAGUUGGAUUUGGAAUAGUACAUUCCUUUCUCAUCUAAAUCUUUCCCACAAUUUUUUGGUGAAUUUACAGGAUCCUAAGAGGGGUCCCAUUUCAGCUCAAUACCUGUCUCUCUUAGACCUCCGUGGUAACAAAUUACAAGGGCAACUACCAAACCUCCCACCAUCUGCCACGUAUGUGGAUUUCUCGAGUAACAAAUUCAGUUCUGUUAUACCGGUCAACAUUGGGGAUUACCUCGAGUUUGCAUACUUCUUAUCUCUUUCCAACAACAACAUCCAUGGAAGUAUUCCUAAAUCGAUUUGCAAUGGUACCUAUCUUCAUGUUCUUGAUUUGUCAAAUAAUUCAAUCGGUGGCAUUGUCCCCCAAUGCUUGACGAGGAUGAAGUCUCUUGGCGUAUUGAGCCUUAGUGAAAAUAGGCUCAAUGGUAGUAUCUCCGAUUCUUUUUCAAGUAACUGUGCAGUGCAGACUCUAGACCUUAAUGGAAAUCAAAUAGGAGGCAAGAUUCCCAGAUCUCUGGCCAACUGCCAAAAUUUAAUGGUUUUUGACAUAGGUAAGAAUGAGAUCAAUGAUACAUUCCCAUGUCAUUUGAAGAAUAUAUCCAGUUUGCGAGUUCUGAUUUUGAGGUCCAACUACUUUUAUGGGCGGAUUGAUUGCCCAAAUGACAAUUAUUCCUGGCCGAUCCUUCAAAUUGUCGAUCUUGCUUCCAAUCAUUUUAGUGGGGAACUACCUCAACAAUGCUUAAGAACCUGGAAGGCAAUGAUUGACAAUGAAGAUGAACUCCAAAACCUUCGUUUCAAGAUCUUCGAUCUCGAUCCAUUUUAUUAUCAAAAUGCAAUUAUGGUUACCAUGAAAAGUGUUGAGACACGGCUAGCUAAAAUACUUACCAUCUUCACUUCCAUUGACCUCUCAUGCAAUAACUUUGUAGGGAAGCUACCUGAAGUGAUUGGAGAAUUCAAGGCACUCCAUAUCCUCAAUUUAUCACACAAUUCUCUCACAGGUCUAAUCCCUUCGUCUAUAGGAAACUUGAGACAACUUGAGUCUUUGGACCUUUCUAGUAACAACUUGAGUGGCAAAAUUCCUCAACAGCUGUCAAACCUUAAUUUUCUUGAAGUCCUCAACCUAUCAGACAAUCAACUGGAAGGAAUGAUUCCAACAGGAAAUCAACUUCAAACAUUUUCAGAAGAUUCCUUUAUAGGUAACAAGGGAUUAUGUGGAGUGCCUUUAAAGGAAAAUUGUAGACCUAAUACGCAGCCAUCACAUGAAGGCAACAAUUCAGAUCAUGGAACCAACAUUAACUGGAAUCUCUUAAGUGUUGAAGUGGGAUUUGUUUUUGGCUUAGCAAUUGUCAUUUUACCACUUAUGUUUUGGAAGAGAUGGAGGAUAUGGUAUUACAAACAUGUUGACAGUGUUCUUUUCGGGCUUCUUCCUCAGCUAAGUCAAACAAGCAGAAUUCAUGGGCGGAGAGCUCUCAGGACACACAGGAGGAGGAACUAGCAGAGUAGUGAUGAAAAGGGAGCAUUCCAUCCUGCCACAGUUGUUUAGUUCUAUAAAUAGGAGAUGCCUACAUCAAGCAUUGUUGUUUAGUAUAUUCCUCAAUUGAAUAGAAAAAGCAGAAACAAUGAGCUGAGAGGUUCCAGGAGGAGGACCAGGACACACUGAGGAACAAGUAGUGGUGAAAAAGAAAAAAAAAACUCUGCAAACUUUGAUAUAUGCACUAUAUAUGCCCACUCUUUUCAAGAUCAAAACUUGUGUUUUUGUUACGCACAGUCACUUUUUCAUUUUAUUUAAUAACUGUUGAUGCUGGUUCUGUAACGAUGCUUGCAUUGUAGAGUAACUUUUAGUUAAUGUAUUUGGUAUAGGGGGAAGUAAUUGUGAGAAUGGUCUUGAGUGACUUGUUUAGUAGGUAAGCGAUCACCACUCGUGGUGCAGUUAGUGAGAAUGCUUAGCAACGAAAUCCUCUGCUGUUAGUGCUGUUGAAGAUUUAGGAUCGAUGCAAUUCUGGUUUUUGAUUCAGGGAUUGUGCUUGAGAAUGGCAGCAAUUUAUAGCCUUUACAUCGUUAACAAAUCAGGUGGUUUCAUCUUCCACAAGAUACAAUUUUCAUAUUUUUCUGUUUGUUUCUCGGGGAAAUAUUGGGGCUGGACUGAAUUUUUCUCCACAGGAUAGAAAAGGAAAGGUUUUUCUUGCUUAAGUCUGGUGAAAUAUUGUGUUUUUGUAGGACUAUGGUUCUAAGGGACGCGUGGAUACAAAUGAUAGCUUGAGAGUGGCAAGUUUGUGGCACUCGAUGCACGCAAUUUCUUAGCAGCUGUCACUUACCACUGGCUGUUCCAGCGUUGAACUCCUUGAAGCUGAUACGUUUGAUCUCCAUUGCUUUCAAUCCCUUACUGGUACUCUCCACUGGCUGGAUUUUUUUUUCCCCGACGCGGGAGAGUGACAUAGUGGAGAGUAUUUAAUUUACAUGAACUUCUUUAUACGGUAGAAUAUCCAAUUCAAAU